AUGGCGCCGCCGCCCGGCGCGCCGCCCCCGGCCCCCGCAGACCUGCGGGCCUCGCCCUUCCCGCACCCGGCGCUGCACGCCCUCCACCGCGCCGCCCUCCUGCUGCUCUUCCCGGCCUACUGGCUCCUGGACCGGCUCCUGGGCCACUGCGCGCCGGCGGGGCCCGCGGGCGGGCGCGGGUGGCUGCGGGCCGUGGCGGGCGGCGCCGCGGCGCUGGCGCUGCUGCUGCUGGCCGGGCUCCCGCUGGCGCUGCCCGGCCUGCUGCUCUGGCUGCCGCUGCAGGCCCUGCGCCGGCCCUUCCGCUACCGGCCGCCGCCGGCCUGCUGGGCGCCGCCCGCGCCCUGGAGCCCGCGCGCGGGCCCGCGCCGCUUCCGCUUCCUCACCGCCAACCUGUGCCUGCUCCCCGACGGGCUGGCGCGCUUCAGCAACCUGCCGCACAGCCAGCGGCGGGCCGAGGCGCUGGGCGCCGCGCUGGCCUGGGCGGCUGCGAGUGCGCCCCCGCCGCCCCCGCCGGCCCCGGCGCCCCCGGCGCCCCCGCCGCCCUCGGCGCCCCCGCCGCCCCGCGCGGCCCUGCUGGCCACCGUGCCCGCGGGCCUGGACUUCGUGUGCCUGCAGGAGGUCUUCGACCUCCGGGCCGCGCGGCGCCUGGCGCGCCGCCUGGCGCCCAGCCUGGGCCCGGUGCUGUGGGACGUGGGCGCGCUCGGCCUGCGGCCCGGGCCGCACCUCAAGCUGCUCGGCAGCGGGCUGCUCCUGGCCUCGCGCUACCCGCUGCUGCGGGCCUCCUUCCGCUGUUUCCCCGACUCGAGGCGCGAGGACGCGCUGGCCUCCAAGGGCCUGCUGUCCGCGCAGGUGCAGCUGGGCGCCCUGGACGGGCGGUGCGUCGUGGGGUUCCUGCACUGCACGCACCUGCAGGCGCCCACCGAGGACGGGGCCCUGCGCUGCGCACAGCUCACGCUGCUGCUGGACUGGGCAGAACAGUUUGAGGAGGAAGGCUGCCAGAGCGGAGAGGUGGUGGCCUUCAGCGUGCUCCUGGGAGACCUAAACUUUGACAACUGCUCCAAAGAGCACAAGCAGGAACAGGAGCACAAGCUCUUCAGUUGCUUUCAGGACCCCUGCCGGCUGGGCACGGGCCAGGAGCAGCCCUGGUCCCUGGGGACGAUCCUGAGCACCUCCAUGCUCCACCACUCGGUAGCCAGCUCCCCGGAAAUGCUCCGCAGGGCCCUGGAGCAGGAGAAAGAGCGCCACAUCUACAUGGCAGGCUCUCCCCAGGGUAGCCAGAGAGCUAAACCCUGGAGGGGCCGACGCUUGGACUACAUCAUGUACCGGGGAGUGCCAGGGGGCCUACUGAACCCAGAGGUGGAGCAGGUGACCUUCAGUACCGCUUUGGCUGGGCUCACAGACCACCUGCCCGUGGGCCUGCAGCUCCGCGUUUCCCAGGGUUCCCACACUGGCACGUAAGAUGCACCACGGGGAUGGUCAGCGACACGGACCAA